AUGGCGGCGAGCGGGCGGAACGCGGAGGACAUGCUUCGCGACGCGAUUGAGACGGCAAACUCGCAGCGCAAGACCAUCACCGUCCACCUCACGUCCGACGUCUUACUAACUAAGCCGCUACCUUCUCUCGGAUUCAACGCGGGAGUGGCGGUCAAGGGCAGCUGCGCGGGUUCCGCCAAGUGCGUGAUCGACGGGCGGCACAAGUACGCCGUGUUUUCCGGCGGCUUCAACUGCUUCAUCUCAUUGGAGCAGGUCACCGUGCGCAACGCCGUCAACGGCGUGCACACCGGAGGGUGCGCCGUCACGGCGCGCCGAGUCAUGUUCAUCAACAACGUCGCGCGCACUACCGGCGGUGGCGCCGUGGUCAAUUCCCGCGCCGCCUCCCCCACGUCCGGCGCGCUGCUCUUCACCUUCUGCGAGUUCAUCAACAACACCGCGGAGAGCGGCAACGGCGGCGCGAUCAACGUGGGGCAGGAGCCCGUGGGCGGCCCGCGCGUGCAGCUGGCGGGGUGCACGUUCCGCGGGAACCGCGCGGAGAAGGGCAAGGGCGGGGCGAUCUAUAGCGAGGAUAAUGUAUUCUACAUGAAUUCCGUCAAAUUCGAGAAGAACUAUGCUCUGGUGGGCGGCGGCGCCAUAGCAACGACGGCCAAGAGCAUCACUAUAGUCAAAUCCACUUUCUUUAGAAACGUCGCGGUUCAGCCGCCCACAGGCCGAAACAACGGCGCCGACAGCGGGGGAGGGGCCAUCCUAGUCUCCUCUCGAGAUACCACACUCUCCCUCUGCUCCACCUCCUUUGCUAGUAACCACAACAACAUGCGCUCCCAAGCCGGCGACAUUGCGGUUCGGCAGCUCGCGGCAGGCUCGGGAACAGGCUCGGUGAGCUUCUGCAGCAUGUCCGCGCCUGCGAAUGUGGAUCGCGCUCCGGGGCUGAAGAUCCGAGCCAACUGCAAGGGCUGCACGGGGUGCGCUAACGACUGUAACGGGCACGGGACUUGUGUUUAUAACGCGGAUUUCACCCCAAGCUGCCAGUGUGUGCGACGGUGGGACAACGAAACGGCGUGUGCGACGUGCGUGACGGGUUACACGCGGUUGAGCAGCUGCAGGGCGUGUUCGCCGGGGUUCGUGGCGACGGGGAGGAAGAACCAGUGUGCUCCGUGCGCGGCCCUCGACAAGGUGCCUGGUCUACGAGACAACCUGCAGCACAUAACAGGAAUGGUGCGGCUGCCCUCCUACAAGCAGUGCCAGCAGCAGUGCCUUGCAACACAAGUCCAGCAGGCAGACUACUGCAACCUCUGGGCCUACGUUGCCAACAGCGCUGCCAACGGGGAGUGCGGCGGAAAGUGUAUUAUGUUCCACGACCCUGACGAUUGCGGGGUGGGGAAGAUCGUAGCGAAUAAUAAGCUCGGGGUGUGGUACCAGUAUGCGGAACCUAGCUUCAAUGCCUGCAGCUAG